CGCGAAUUUUUUACGGUCAGUCAGCCUGUUUAUGAGAAAGCCUAAUUUUUCGGUAUCAAAAUAAAGUGUGCAGAAACAAGUUAAGCACAGUGGUGUCAGAUGUUUUACGCGUGUUGUCCAAUUUCACUUUUUAAUUCCACCUUGGAAUUUGUAGAAUCCCUACGAAAUUUAAUUUCGGGUCUACGUAUACGUUUCGAUAAAAUCAAGCCGCCAUACCACUAACAAACGACACUCUAAUAUGACAGAUUAUGUUUCGAAGAUGUUCAAAAACGAAAUGAACCCGAAAUUUUUGUAACAGUCGACAGAAUGAGUUCCCAAUUUACAAUUCCAAUCAAAUUCGGCCCGGAUGGCUGCCAAGUCAAUCUCGGCGACCGGAUAUGUCGCGAAACGGAAACACUGGCGAUAAUCCAGGAGUUCAAUCGAACGUACCAGGCCAAGCUGAGGGAGAUCGGAAACAUUGGAGGCGGCGAUAACUUACAGCGCCGGGUGAAUCUGCAGCAGGACUGGAUACGCGACCUGACCCAGCAGAAUGAGAUGUUGGUGAAGAUCGUCGAGAGCUUGGAGAAGGAGGCGGCGGAUAAGGUCGCGCUGCUCGCGAAGAAGCUAGAGACGUCGACACUUUCCAGUGAGAAGGCCAACAAGAAUGUAACCGAAUUGGACUCUAAAGUGAAGGACCUCGAGAAGCGGAUUAGCGAAUCGCCCAAGCAAGACGACCUGGAGGCGUUGCAGCAUAAAUUGCGCCUGAAGGAAGAAGAAAUCAACUCCGUUAAGAGGAUGAGCCUCGAUGCGGAAACCGGAGCGGCCGAGCUGAGGAACAUGGUGAGAGGGUUCGAAGACGAGAAUCGCACUUUGAAGGAUACCAUCUUCCAAGCGAACAGGGAGCUGGAGAAGUUUUACGAGCAGGCGAACACAUACGUUGUGGAACGAGAAGAGUACAAGCGCAAGUAUGCCGAAGCUCAAGCGGCUCUUGAUAAAUUGCAGAAUCAGUUUUCAACGGCCCAGUCCCGUUGGCAAUCGGACAAUAAGUCCAAAGAAGGCGAGCUGGAGAGGCUUCAGAAGGAAAACUUGAAGGCAAAAGGCGAGAUAGAUACCAUCAGGCGUCAAAGUGAAUCGAUGAGUCAAGCCCAGAAUGAAACGAUACAAGCGUUACAAGAGGCGAUUAGGGAGAAGGAUAGGGCAGUUAAGGCGGUCAAAGUGUUACCGUCAACCGAGUCAGAUGCGUCUUGGCCAUCGGUAUCGACGAGCGCAUCGGCCAAAUCGACGCGCGCCGAAAAAGAGACAGGUCAAACUCCUGCUAAAGUCGCUCCGAAACCACCCGAAGCCAACAAACUUCUCAUAACGCCGGUACCCAGUGAAGACAAGUCGACUCGGUCGGGGGCCGGAAUACCACCGCCGCCCCUUGUUGAAGAUUCUAAGUCAAUUCGGUCGGCGGCCGGAAUCCCACCCCCACCCCUUGUUGAAGAUACCAGGUCGAUCAAGUCGGGACAAAUCUCGGAGAAAUCUCGUUCGCCUUCCGUCGAAAUUGUGACAGAUAGCGCCGGAUCGACAACGGAACCCUCGUCAACGUCCGAAGCUGUUCAGGAGAUAGCGAAGUUGCGAACGGAACGAGAAGAAGAAAGAGAGAGGCACUCGCAAGAAGUCGACGAUCUGAGAAAGACAAUCGUAGGGUUGGAGAAGGAACUUGAGAACGUAGCGCCCGUACGAGACACUCUAAAAGGUCGAGUUGAGGAGAUCGAAUGCGAGUGCGACGCUAUGCGCCGUCUUGUGAAUGAAGCCAAAGAGUUGAACAAGGCCUACCAGAACCUAGGCAUGGAAAACGUCGACCAACGCGUGCGUGAUCUACAGCAGAAACUCACCGAUAAGGUGGGCGAAAUGAGCGAGUACGCCGAACUUCUGCACGAGACACAGCAGAAACUAUGCUGGACCGUCUGCCAGAACAACGAGCUGAAGAAGGAGAUAACUGAACUACUCGCGCGCAUCAGCGAAUACGAGCUGAAUUAUAACGUAACGGACGAGCGCACAGAUUACUGCCAGAAGGAGAUCGAAACUUGCCAAGGAAAUGUGGCGCAACUGCGCGAGAAGCUCGUAGCGAUGAAGGACCUGCUGCAGAAGAAGGUCGAUCAGUACAGUCAGCUGGAGACGGAAUUUUGCGUGCAAAACAAUUCGCUGUGUUGCAUGCGGAAGCAGAUCGAUGAGAAUAAGGACAUGUACGAGAGGGAGGUGUGCGAUUUGAGGUGCACGAUCGGUGAGCUCCAGAGCAAGCUCGCGUCCGCCGAGGAGGCCGGUAAAUACCUGCGCGAGGAUUACGAGCGUAGUAAGACUCGAAAUCAAAAUUACACGUCCCUCGAAACGGAGCUGGAGCAAAAGUUUGAGGAGAGUCUAAGGGCCGCCAAUGAAGAGAUUGAGACGCUCAACGAGUACAUUGCGAAACUGCAGGAGGAGUGUGCGAACAUUCGGAAGGAGUUGCAAGCUAAAGACAAGAUUAUCGACGCUACCCAAGCUCGAUUACAAUCAGGCGCGCCCGCUCCCAGCGACGUGGAAAUGAUCGCGCUUCAAAACGAGCUGGAGAAAGCUCUUCGGCAGCACGACCUGUUGCGAGCUAAGAACGAAGCGCUCUGUUUGCAAUUGAGCGAAAUGCGAGACGCCGCCACUAAGCUCGAUCAGCAUAAUUUGGCGAGCGAGCAGCACGUGCAGAAUUGUCUAUGCGAGAUACACCACCUGCGCAGUGCCAGACAGCAGCUGGAGGUCAAAAACCAGGGUUACCUGAAGGAGAUCCAGUAUCUUCGGUGCGCCUAUGCUCAGCUCUACGAGAACUUCCAAAAAAUAACCGCGGUACUAAACAACUUUAAGGCGAAAUGCUGCUGCUGUAAGUCACGUCUGCGUGGAGGAUACAGUGUUGGCUCACCGAUGGACAUUCACAACUCGUCUGGAAGUACCACAGAUCACUACCUUGACAGCGACGAGACAGCCGUUACCGAAGAAUUUCUAAAGUCACCCGAAUUUUGGUUGAACAGGCCUUCUGACGACUUUCUCGUAUCUAAAGAUCAAUAAAUAAAGUACUCAUUGUUUUUUAACUUCA